AUGGACAGCAACCAGCACACAGCCGGCGCCAUCCGCGUGCUGGAGCUAGGCAGGCAAAUGUUUAUGAAUGAAGCUACUCGCGGCGACGACAAUACACUGUGGGACACAAUGGGAGCCUGUAUCCGAGGACUGACCCGCCGAUUUGCUUCCCGGUCAGGAGGUGACGACAGGCCCAUGGAAGCCACCGUGGCGGAGUUGCAUAACAUCUGGUUCAUGUUCACUCUGGCUGCCUCCAAUAUCGACGCAGAUCAUCCGGCACAGGACCGCCUCACCAGGACCAUCCUCUGGGCACGGGAGACUGGCGUCUUGACUGCUACCAAAGGUGCUGCGACGGAAGCGAUCACCACCUCUGAUGGACGGAUCUGGGUGGAUCUACCCUUUCUCGUCGACGACGUCCGCACUGCCUGGGAGAAGGCGAUGAUUUCGACAGAGGACGGGGCUGCAGCCAAGGCCCGCAACCUAGCCGCAGGUAUCGCUCGCCUUGCCGGGCUUGGGCUUCGCAACGAUGCAUUCACAGCUUGCGGGCUGGACAUAAUCGAACGAUCACUAGAAAAGGAGCCAUCCGGGCCAUUCACUCCUCUUCAGCUCCUUGCCAUGGUCGAAGUCUGGUUACGCUACGCGGGGGACAAGCUCUUUACUCUCACUAGUGAGCAUCAUACUUUUGGUACGCGCUGGGACGGGACUGAGACUGGGGCCUCCGUGACUGAAGCUGAGGAUGAUGAUGCGAGAAUAAAUGUUCUCACCAGGGCAAGAGUUUUAACCUGGGACCGGCGGCUCCUAGAAUUAAAAUCCAACGAUGAUGCAGAUGUUUCUGCUGCUGCUGAGCGUUGUCGACACAUGAUGCAGUGGUGCUGCCUCUGUCUGUACGGAAAGGGGAUCGAACCAUGGGUAGAGGAUGAAAUCCCCGAGCCUUGA